UUUAGAGCACCCUUGCGGACUUCCGUCAACGUGUUUAAAGACCCCAUCAUGUCCAUGCUUGCAGAACCCCGUAGAAAACAGAAAUGGUCUAUUGACCCGCGGAACAGCGCGUGGAGUAAAGAUGAGUCCAAGUUCGGCCAGAAGAUGCUGGAGCGAAUGGGCUGGUCCAAGGGAAAGGGCCUGGGGAGAACUGAGCAGGGCUCCACGGAACACAUCAAAGUCAAAGUGAAGAACAACCAGCUGGGGCUGGGAACCACUGCCAGCCACGAAGACAACUGGAUCGCCCAUCAGGAUGACUUUAACCAGCUCCUGGCGGACCUCAACAACUGCCAUGGUCAAAACACUGCCAAUGAAGCCCCAUCAGAAGAGAAACAGCAGGAGAAGUCCUUCAGCCUGGAGGAGAAGUCAAAGACGUCCAGGAAGAGGGUCCACUACAUGAAGUUCACCAAAGGGAAGGACCUGUCCAGCCGCAGCCAGACAGACCUGGCCUGUAUCUUUGGGAAGAGGGGGACGAAGCGGAUGGCCGAGGACCAGGAAGCGGAGAGCAGUGGGCCAGACUCCCAGGGAGUGAACGAGAAGGAGACCAGAGCUGUUACAGCACCAGCUACAAAGGUUACGACCCCUGAACCUGAUGUAGAGGCCAUCACCAAGACAGUCACCAGCACCCUCUCCAUGCAGGAGUACUUUGCCCAGCGGAUGGCUCAGCUGAAAAAGGGUCGUGGCGAGGCUCCCACUGCAGCCUCAUCACCAGAGAACAGUGAUACGCAGCAAGUCCCGGCUGAUUUUGUCACUGACCACACAGAGGAAGUCAUGUCAAAGAAGAAGAAGAAGAAGAAGAGGAGAAAGAGAGAGAGGGAAGAGGAUGACGUGGUGGUGAAGGAGGAGUGUGUCGUAGCUCCCGUGUCGGAGGGGCGUGAGAAGAAGAGAGAGGGGGAAGAGGAUGACGUGGUGGUGAAGGAGGAGUGUGUCGUAGCUCCCGUGUCGGAGGGGCGUGAGAAGAAGAGAGAGGGGGAAGAGGAUGACGUGGUGGUGAAGGAGGAGUGUGUCGUAGCUCCCGUGUCAGAGGGGCGUGAGAAGAAGAAGAAGCGAAAGAGAAAGCGGGCGGAGAAAGAGGUGUUGGCUGAAGACUGCAGCGCCACCACUGGCGUGGAGCAGAACUGCCAGGACCGCCAAAUUGUAGACUUAACAACGGAGUGUGAGGUUGUAAAUAAGAAAUGGAGGGAGGAGGUGGUUGUCGUGGAGGACGAGGAGGUGGUUGUCGUGGAGGACGAGGAGGUGGUUGUCGUGGAGGACGAGAAGAAAUCUAAAAAGAACAAGAGGAAGAAAAUAGAUCUACAUUCUUUGUAGAACUCUAGAACCGUCUUCUCUUGGCUUGCAUCUCAAAUGGCACCCUAAUCCCUUUGUAGUGCAGUACCCCAUAUGGCUCUGGUAUAAAGUAGUGCAUCUCAAAUGGCACCCUAAUCCCUUUGUAGUGCAGUACCCCAUAUGGCUCUGGUAUAAAGUAGUGCAUCUCAAAUGGCACCCUAAUCCCUUUGUAGUGCAGUACCCCAUAUGGCUCUGGUAUAAAGUAGUGCAUCUCAAAUGGCACCCUAAUCCCUUUGUAGUGCAGUACCCCAUAUGGCUCUGGUAUAAAGUAGUGCAUCUCAAAUGGCAGCCUAAUCCCUUUGUAGUGCAGUACCCCAUAUGGCUCUGGUAUAAUGUAGUGCACUAUACUAGGAAUAGGGC